AUGAGAUUUGUUCUCAGCGCGCUGGCCGUCGGUCCCAGGCUGACACGACGGAAACGAUGGAUUGAUCGAGCAGUCAGCACCUGCCUCCGCCUCGCCUGCCCCUUCCCAGUUGACGACAGCAUCAACGAAUGGCCCGAUACUCCCAAAGGGCUCCGGGACGUUAUCGAAAAGUUCACCAGCCAAACCAGAGAUGUAGGGAAGGAAUUGUUGCGCCUCUUGUGUGAGGGUAUGGGGAUCCGGGCUGACUACUUUGAGGGAGACCUUAGCGGGGGUAAUGUGAUCCUCAACAUCAACCACUAUCCAUCUUGCCCGAAUCCAGACAAAGCGCUUGGACAGCCGCCACAUUGUGACCGAAAUGUCAUCACCCUCCUACUCCCUGGCGCUGUCAAUGGCCUCGAGGUCUCCUACAAGGGGGACUGGAUCAAGGUUGACCCUGCACCUAACGCAUUUGUCGUCAACUUCGGCCAACAACUCGAGGUUGUGACAAAUGGGUUGUUAAGGAGCAUAGAGCAUCGUGCGAUGACAAACUCGGUGCUUGCACGCACAUCGGUGGCUACCUUUAUUAUGCCUACUCAAGAAUGUAUUAUUGGUCCCGCGAAGGAGUUCCUUAGUGAAGAAAACCCACCGUGCUACCGCACCAUCAUGUUUCGUGACUUCAUGCGCAUCUACAAUGUUGUCAAGCUUGGGUCAUCGCUCAAUCUCACAACCAAUCUCAAGAACGUUCAGAAGGAGAUAUAAAUCAAAUCUACAAGGCUCCUUCAAGAUCUGGAAUUAUCCUAUUCCCACUUGUUAUGUUUCUUACGUAUGCCACAGAUCUCAGUUGUGUCCAAUUGUUGCUAUGCAACAACUACAUGCACUUUGAUGAUUUGUAGCAACAAAAGUAAUAAAUGCCUGAUGAGUAUAAGACGUUAAUCGUCUUAAUGCUCAUUUGUUGUGUUUUGUUUGUAAA